CAUGUCGUCUCGUACGCCAUACGUGCAUGAGAGUUUUCUAAAAUAAAUUAUUCGAACGACACACCGUUUUCUUUUUAUGCCGGCGGACCGACUGGGAAAUUCAGUUUCAACUGAAUGUUUACUCGACUGUAACUGUGAGCUUAACCACCUGAGCCCGUGUGCUCUUUGCCACCGAUGUAACACAGAGAAGAACCACCAUUCAAUCUUCCAAUAAACAAAGAAAAUGAAAACUCUAACCUUUGCAAACCCAACCAUCUACACAAACUCCAAAUUCUCUCCUUCAAUUUUCCUCUUAUCACUUUCCCAACAGAACACAAAAGUCUUUGGCUUUUCCCUCAAAAAAUCUCUCUACAUUUUCAAAACCACAAAAACCUUCCCUGUCAUCAAAGCAUCAGCCACCACUAAUGAUAAUUCACUCAAUUACGGUGGUUGGGACGAUUUUCGACUCGGUGGUGAUUUGCCUAACUCGGGCGAAUCAAGUCAGGUUCCUUAUUUCUUAGUUUCUAGAGGAAUUGAUGACAGUAAAAAAUAUAUCUUUGUGUUCUUCUUAGGGAUUUUUUGCGCUUUUGCCAUUUCUAGGGUUAGGGUUUCGUCAAUUAUUGUCUUUCCCGCUUCUGUUUUGAUUUUUGCUAUUGGGUUUUCACUUGGGUUUUUCCGUGGAGGGAAUCUCAUUGAGUUGAGUGCAAAUGCAAGUAAGAAGAGAGCUAAAGACGAGAUUUUUAGGGUUUGUAGUGAGAGAUUGAGGAGUUUAGUGGGAUUUUUUGAUGGGUUUGAUGUUAAAGUCAAUGAUUUGAAGAAUUAUAUACAAAGAGUUAUUGAUACUAAAGAGAUUGAAUUGGGUGAUUUGGAAAAUUAUAUUAGUGUUAUUGAAUCAUUACAAGCAUCAGCGUUGAAUUCUAGAAAUGUUGUUGAGAGUACCAUUGUUGGUGUAGGAAAUUCCAGCAGUGUGUUAGCUGAGAACCAAAAAUCAUCUGUUAGAAAAAAGAAGGAAAUUGGGGAAGUUGGGUUUGGGUUAUUGCAGUUUGUUGGGGGUUUAUUUGGAGAGAAAUUAGUUGAUUCAAAGCCUCCUAAAGUGAAAGAUAAAGACAAUGCUAAGCAAGGUUUAACAAAUGAUCAAAGUCAAGGGAACGACAAGGUUUUCGCCAAUGAUCAAACUCAAGUUAACAGCUCGACUCAACAGAUUAGACUUAAUAUUGUUGAUAAUGAUCAAGGAAAUAACCCUUCCAUGUUUUCUCAAGGUUUGACAAAUAAGUCAGCUUUAGACUGGGAUACUGAAAGAAGAAUUAGAAUAAUGUCAGAAAAUGCAAAAAUGAACACAGGAGAAACAGGUGGGAACUGGAAAAGGUUUAUUGACAGCCAAGAAUAUUCUUACCAAAGUAGCAGGUUGCAAUUUGUGGAUAAUCAGCGUGUCUCCUGGACGAUGAACAAAAAUAAUGAAACUGAGAUGUGGAAAUCCCGUGAAAAUUGGCGUGACUCUGUGGAUUUGAAUUUUAGUUUCAAACAUGCGGAAACAGAAGCUUCCUUUGUGCAAGAGCAGAUGUUGAAGCAAUCUAGUGGAGCUUACAAGCCUUCAAAGAACCGGAAUGUGAAUGAAGAUAAAGGAUAUAGAUCUCAAUUCAGAGAAGAGGAGCCGAGUGAUGAUUCUCGUUUGCCUGAUAAUCAAUCUGUAAUGGAGGGUGAAGUUGGCUCCUCUUCUUCUUCAAUGCUUGCAGAUGAUGUGGUGUUUGAUAGAUAUCUUUCAGAGGCUAACAACCUUCUGAAACAAGCCAAGGAAUGUAUAAAGGGAAAACAUGAUGAAGAACAUGCAGAAAUCAUACUGUACAAGUCUGCAAAGUUGCUUGCUAAAGCCCUAGCCAUGAAGCCCAUGAGUUUGUUGGCCGUCGGCCUAUUGGGCAACACAUAUCUCCUUCAUGGAGAACUAAAAUUAAAGAUAAGUCGUGAAUUGAGAACCCUUCUUUCAAGAAAGUACCCCAUAUCAGUUGAUAGUAGGGGUAAUACACUCAAAGGCCUUGACGAGCAAGUACCAAAUAAAGAUAAAAUUGCAUCUGCUCUUAUUCAUGUAUGUGAAGAAUGUGAAGAACUGCUUGUGGAGGCAGGCAGAAAAUAUAGGCUGGCAUUAUCCAUUGAUGGGAAUGAUGUUAGAGCAUUGUAUAAUUGGGGCCUUGCUCUCUCUUUUCGAGCACAAUUGAUUUCAGAUAUUGGACCAGAAGCUGCUUUUGAUGCUGACAAAGUGUUCUUAGCUGCAAUUGAUAAAUUUGAUGCCAUGAUGUCCAAAGGCAAUGUUUAUGCACCAGAUGCUCUAUAUAGAUGGGGUGUAGUGCUGCAGCAAAGAUCUCGUUUACGGCCUCGGAACAGUAAAGAGAAGGUGAAGUUGCUAAUGCAAGCAAAACGACUAUAUGAAGAUGCACUCAAUAUGGAGUUUGACAAUCUCCAAGUAAGAGAAGCUAUAUCAUCAUGUGUAGCGGAACUAAAUCACAGGCACUUCUAAUGCUGUGAGGAAAGAGUACCACUUCAAUACUCCCUCAUUUGUAUUUUCUAGUUCUUGUUCACUAGGAUAAGCGAAUAAAAGAGAAGGAAAUGAGGCUUGUUGUGUACAUGUUUGAUCAUAGAAGCCAUCUUAUUAUUUACAUAUAUUCAAUGUAUUACUAAACAGCUAUUAAAAACUGAAAACCAAUCAGUAUCUGAAUGUCCAGAAAUUGUGCAAGUUGGAAGAACAGCAUCUCCUCUAGAGAUUUCAUUUUUGUCA